AUGCGAAAUAAGCUGGGCAUUGCACCCAAGCACCUCGUUACACAUCGUUUUGAACAAAUACCCGAUUACCCAGCAAAUGACGGGAUGCAUAAUCCCAACGACGCAACGAUUGAUAUUCCCUUGACGGAGGGGCCGUCUCAGGGUUCCGGAUGGGGUUCUGGCUCCACGGUUGGGUUGACGGAGGGUGCUGGUGAGAAGCAUACCAUUGCACCGGGGAGACGACGCAGAACGGAUACAGAUAUCAAUGAGAUUCGGGGGAAGGCUGCGGAGGCUCCUGAUGAUGGCAGUAUUAAUUAUGUUGGACGGAUUUAUCAGGCUAUUUACAAUUUCAGUAUUGUGACUCGGUACAUGAUCUAUGUUAUUCCUGUUGGAGCGAUUAUUGCGAUUCCCAUAAUUGUGGGCGCGACUGCUUCUCCCGAUGCGAAGAUCGGUGGUGUGCAUAUUUAUUGGUUCUUUACUUGGAUUGAAGUCGUUUGGGUUAGUUUGUGGAUUUGCAAGCUGUUGGCUAAGUUGAUUCCAUUUAUCUUUAUGACUUUGUGUGGUAUUGUGAGCUCUGGUACUCGCAAGUAUGCUCUUAUUCUCAAGGCUUUGGAGUUCCCUAUCACGCUUGUCUUGUGGUGUAUUGUUUCGCUGGUUACUUUUAUUCCGAUCAUGACUGAGAAUCCUGAUAAGGAAGCUGGCAGCGACACCACUGUUAAAUCUUGGGAGAAGAGUAUUAAAAAUAUCUUGUUCGGUUUACUCGUUUGCAGUCUUAUCUUCUUAGGAGAGAAGGCUAUUGUCCAGUUGAUCUCUAUCAGCUACCAUCGCAAGCAGUUCGAUACCAGGAUCAAGGAAACGAAGCGCAAUGUCUAUCUGGUUGGUCUUCUCUUCGAUGCCUCGCGUAACAUGUUCCCCAUGUACUGCCCGGAGUUCGCCGACGAGGACAGCACUAUCAUGGAUCCAAUCCUUGGUCAAGCUACCAAGAAGAACAACAAGCGCUCUUCAAUCAUGCCUUUGCGCAUGGUCAAGGAGGUCGGUCGCCAAGUCGGCCAGCAGGCUAAUAAGAUCGGUGAUAAAGUCCAAGCAGCCGUUGGCAAUGUUACCUCAGAGCUUACUGGUAAGCGAGUGUUUGACAACAGCAACACCCACAGCGUUGUGGUCACGGUCCUUGAGCGUAAGCGUUGCGCUGCUGCUAUGGCUCGCCGUAUUUGGAUGUCUUUUGUUGUCGAGGGCCGUGAUUCCCUCUUCAUCGACGAUAUUAUGGAAGUUCUGGGAAGUGGCCAUGAGCAUGAAGCGGAAGAGGCAUUUGCCAUGCUGGACAAGGAUGGAAACGGCGACAUCAGCUUGGAUGAAAUGAUUUUGGUCGUUACCGAUUUGGCACGUCAGCGCAAGGCUUUGAACCACAGCAUGCACGACGUCGACCAGGCUAUCGGUGUCCUGGAUAACCUCUUGCUCUGUGUCGCUUUCAUCAUUGGAAUUCUCGUCUUUAUCUCGUUCGUCACCACUGGUUUCGGUACAGUCAUUGCGGCUGGCGCUACCUCUUUGCUCUCCCUGAGUUUCGUCUUCUCGACUACUUGCCAGGAAGUCCUGGGCUCUUGCAUCUUCUUGUUUGUCAAGCAUCCCUUCGACAUUGGUGACCGUGUCGACGUCAGUGACAAAGAUUACAUCGUCGAGCGUAUCUCUCUUCUGUUUACCGUUUUCCGUUCUGUUCAAGACCACCGCAUGACUCAGGUCCCCAACAACAUCCUCAACAGUCUGUGGGUUGACAAUCUUACCCGUGCUACUGCCAUGCACGAGCGUCUUACUGUUCCCGUGGCCUACGACACCACUUUCGCUGAUAUCGAGGCUCUCCGCGAUGAGAUGGAGAUUUUCGUUCGUGAAAAGGAUAACUCUCGCGACUUCCAGCCCGACUUCAACAUUGAGGUCAUUGGUGUCGGCGAUCUCGACAAGCUGCAGCUGCAAGUUGAUAUCCGUCACAAGUCCAACUGGUCCAACGAGACCGUUCGUGCCGCUCGCCGCUCUAAGUUCAUGUGUGCUCUGGUCCUGGCUAUGCGCAAACUGAAGAUCCGUGCUCCUGGAGUUGCUGCUCCCGAGGAAGAAUCCAAGGAUGGCGGUGACGACAAUGACAACGACGAUGAUGGUGACAACAAGAUGCGCACUGGUGCCGCUACUGCCGUUGCCACCGAUUCCUCCUUAGCUCCCAACACCGCCCAGGCCUCUGGUUUCGACCAGAAGCGUUCAUCCGGCACGGUUUCCCACCGUGGCUCUUCCCACGCUGCCGUUGAUGAAGCUGCUAUCGCCGACCGAUUGAACGCCCGCCCUCCCGCUGUCAGUGUCAGCCCUGGUCUGGACGAGCAGGACAACCCUCUCCAGCGCACCACCACCGGAUCCUCCAGCCAGGGCGCCCGCCAAAGCAUGAACAACGGUGCCCCCGGUGGCGCUUCCGUCGCUCGUGAGCCAUCCAAGGGUCACCGUAAGGCCGGCACCCGCAUGUCCUACGGCGGCCAGGAGCCAAUGCCUGCACCUCUCUCUCCAGUGCCUGCAGGUCUCACCCCAUCCACCAGCAACGUGCCUAUUCUCCAGGCCCCAGCACCCCCAGGCUCUCGCGGAAGCACCCGCUACGAGCCACCACCCCAUAUUGGACAGCAACAGCACAUGCAAGGCCAAGUCCCAGCUCACCCUAUCAUUGGAUCCCCUGAGUCUGGAACUUACAACACAUCCUACUACCAGUCUCAACACGCCGACCACGGCAACUACGAGACUGUUCCUCUCGGCGGAUUCGGUAGCAAUACCGCCGGCCACUACGAGACAGAGCGUUACGACCCAGUCUCCCCACCCUCCGUGUACUCUCCUCCUCACCAAAUUCCGGCAGAGACUACAACAACUGCCGAAGGCCCUGAGGGACGCCGACCUUCUUUCAUUUCGCGUACAUUGAAGCGUGACAAGAACCGAUCACCAUAUGGUGAGCAAGAUGCUUAA